AUGUCAGAGGAAGAGGACCAGGAGCAGCCAUUGUCGAAGCAGCCUCCAAUAUCGCAAAAGAGCGUGGUUCUGUGUUCCAUGCUCAUGUUUCGAAUGGGAAAGGAAGCGAGAAAGCAAACCCCAGUGGAUCAUGACUUGUUCAAUCCUUAUGAACCAGUACCAAUUCCAGUCCUCUUGCAAAUGGCUUUGGUAUUCUUCUCACUCAUGGCCGUGACUAUGAUAUCACAAUACCUGAAACAUAAUUCCAAAGUCCGCGAUGGAUUGCGUCAAAAACUCCAAUCGACUUUCAAGAUGGUUCGUUCGACGGAUGCCUUUGUGUUCUGUUCGGCACUUUUUGGAUGA